AAGAAAACUCACCUCUAUGUACGCAGCUAUGGAUGUCUUGUUAGAACCACCAGGCUCUCUCAAGUUUCUUAUAGCCUCCAUUAUGAGAUUAUCCAGCCUAUUACCAUUGUCAGCCUGCCCCUUUCCCUUGAACCCCACCCGUUCGCCAUCACACUCAUGUUCCUCCACUUAUCGACAUUGGACCGUAGAUAUAAAACUCCACUAAAUUGUGGAUCCUUGAGUAUCGUGCGCCAUUUGCCGGGCCCGUGUUUAAGGACUCCAGCUUUUAGAGCUGCUUCCUCUUCUGGAGUCCACUUCUGCUUAGGUGCCCCCAUUAGCUAUUAA